CAGUGCAGCCAGUGUUCCCUGGUGUUGUCGUUUAUUCUUCACCUUCCUUCCCAUGUGUUGGCUUCACCCUGUGGGCUUAACUCGAGUUUAAAAGCGUUUUGAAGCGGAGGACUGCGGCUCAGUUUAGUUUUUUAAUCGGUGAGAGUAAACCCACACACAGGACCUCUCUCUGACGUGUUGUGAGUAAACUGCUAGCUACUUUUAGCUGGUAACAUAAUGCAACCUUGCCUAAUAGGGCUAGUAGGGUAACUAAGGUUGGUUAAAUGGCGAGCUGAGUGCAGCUCUGGAGCAAAACUCUCACAGGAAAGCCAUAUAUUUAGAGUUUAAACUGGACUUUUAGAGCUUGGUGACCUUCCCUGACAGCUGGGCGUGUGUCUUACUUCUGUCAACGGACCAGAGAUGAGACAGCCUGUCAGCUACUUACUAACAGCAGAGACCUCAUCCAGCAGCACACAGUUGAGUUUAUGUUCCAGUGUGCACUAAGUAAGGAUGACUCUGCGCUCCGUGGUGAACCUGGUGUGCUUUGGGAACCGAGCUGCCAGCCUGCUGUUCGGACACUCACGUCGCCCCCUCCAUACUUCACUCUGCAACGCCUCAUCGCAGCCCAAAGCGGGAUUCAAACCGGAAAAAGUAGCAGUGGUCACUAAAACCACAAGAUAUGAGUUUGAACAGCAGCGCUAUCGCUACGCAGGACUGUCUGAAGAGGACUUGAAACAGCUGCUUGCUAUGAAGGGCUCCAGCUACAGCGGUCUCCUGGAAAGACACAACAUCCACACAAACAAUGUGGAUCACAUUGUGAAGAGCCUGAGGAGGGAAGGCAUUGAAGUAAGAGUUGUGAAAAGAGGAGAAUAUGAUGAAGCAGUAGUCCGAUGGGCAGAUGCCAUCAUCUCCGCUGGAGGUGACGGGACAAUGCUACUUGUUGCCAGUAAGGUUUUAAGCAAGGACAAACCAGUUGUUGGAGUUAACACAGACCCUGAGAGGUCAGAAGGUCACCUGUGCCUGCCUGUGCGGUACACUCGUGCCUUCCCAGAGGCACUCGAGAAACUCUGUCGUGGUGAGUUCAGGUGGUUGUGGCGUCAGAGGAUCCGUCUGUACUUGGAGGGCACGGGAAUCAAUCCCACCCCUGUGGACCUGCACGAACAGCAGCUGAGCCUGGAGCAGCACAGCCAAGCUCACCGCAUCACCACCAGGGACAGCCAGCAGAGGACGGGAACACUCCACGAUAGUUUCUCCAAGCCUUGUCUACUUCCAAUCAGAAGCCUGAAUGAAAUCUUCAUCGGAGAGUCUCUGUCUUCCAGGGUGAAGUUAACCUCCUUCACACCCCAUGUUAAACUCUUGCUCCAUAGGGCUUCCUACUAUGAGAUCUCUGUGGACGACGGCCCGUGGGAGAAGCAGAAGAGCUCAGGACUCAGCAUUUGUACAGGAACAGGAUCCAAAGCCUGGUGUUUGUUCUCUGUCAGGUCAUAUAACAUCAACAAACUGGCUGAACAAGCUGUGGAGGAGCUUUUAAAGAUUGCGAAGUCUCAAACAGGUCUCGAUAUCCCACUUAAUCGUGACCUCAUUGAAAAGGUUACUGAUGCAUACAACGAGUCUCUGAUCUUCAGUCCGGACGACAGGCGUUUGUUCUACAGCAUCAGGGAGCCCAUCGUCAACAGAGUCUUCUCCAACAGUCGGCAGAGAGGCUUCGCCAACAAGGUUUCUGUCCGCUCUCGGUGUUGGGACGCCUGCAUGGUGGUCGACGGAGGAACUUCCUUCGAGUUCAACGACGGCGCCAUCGCGACAAUCAGCAUGAGUGAGGAGGAUCAGCUCCGGACGGUCGUUCUUGAGAACUGAGGAGAAUCCAGUGCACGUAAAAAACUCUACUGGUUUCUUCCAAGCCAACUGUUCAAAGGGAAGUACCACCUUUUAGAGUUCAGCAGCCUCAAGUAUUGGAAUAUUUUUAUACCUGGAAUUUAAGACCUGUCACAAUAAUUACAUCGACUUAUCAAGAGCUAAUCAUCUCAUGUCCAUAAACUGUACAACUGUACAUGCCUGUUUGUUUAGGUAAGAAUGUUCAGCCAACAUGAUGCCAUAGCUUUCCCUUGCAUUAUUAUCCUGUUAUAUUAUCAUUUUAUCAGUGGUGUUAAAUGACAAUAAUAUUGGUUAAUGCAAUGAUUUCUGGGGCAAUGCAUAGUUCAGCACAAUGUGGUUAUUGUGACAGCUCUGCCUGAGAGAAAGGUAUCAUUGUCACUUUUGUUUGAUUAAAUGUGUGCAUUUUUACAAAUUAAUUAUUUCCAAAUCAGAUUUUUUUUUCCUUUUUUAUUUUCUAUUAUCACCAGGAUAGAACAGGUUAUAACAUUAAU